AUGGAAGAAGUUGAUCCUCCAAGCCCAGAGAAUUCUGAUCAUGGAGGAGGAGGAAGCAACUCAUCAGACCAACAGAUUCAGACUCAAACCCAGAGGGUGAAGUCUUAUGACUGCAACUUUUGCAAGAGGGGUUUCUCUAAUGCACAAGCGCUUGGUGGCCAUAUGAACAUCCAUAGAAGAGAGAGAGCAAAGCUCAUAAAACCCUCCACCAUCAUCACCAACAAGAAGGAACCCAUGAGCUCUCUAUCUUUAGUAUUGGAGUCCAGUAAUAAUGAAAACAAGGCUUCUACACUAAGGCCGCAGCUCCAGUUGUUUGUGGAGAGACGACCAUCAAGCAGUGGUGAAAGGGAGACAAAGACGACCUCUGUGGAUUAUAAGGAAUUGGACUUGGAGCUUCGGCUGGGAUCUGAAUCCUGA